AUGAACGCUAUUGUCUGCAUCUUACAUUUUGGAGUUGCUUGGAUUGCACUUGCUGGGUGGGGUACGUCAAGCUCUGCAGCAGGUGUGAGCGACAUGAAUAUUUACGAGUUUGAAGCCUGGGUGUCCUGUCUUGAUCCUGACGAAGUAACGUGUGAAAGAAAAGAUGGAACACAUGCUUCAUACAACCGAACGACGGGGUUGUGCGAGCUGCGAAAUGGAACAGAUUGUGCAGGAGGCGAAAAUUUUUACGAGAGCAUGGAGAAGUGUAACGAAUCUUGCAACGAUGCACCGAAGCCACCUUGCUCCCUGGAAGAAGAUGAUGGUUUAGGGAAAGCUUACAUUCCAAGGUUUUUCUUUGAUACCACAACUGCAAAUUGCACACCAUUUGUCUAUGGUGGAAUCAGUGGUAAUGGCAACAAUUUUGAAACAAAAGGAGAGUGUGAAAGAAAUUGCUCUGGUUUUUCCCUGCUGAAGAAAGUAAAUGUCACAAUUAAUACAUCGUUCCCAUAA